UUGGGAUCGAAGGGCCGAAUCCUUCACGUGAAAGGAGGAUUCACCUUCAAGCAAAUCUGUCAGUUUGUACAGUGUUUGCCUCUAAUUUAUGCAGGGAAGUCAAUGAAUUUGCUGAAUAUAUCAUAAAGGACGAUCCAAUAAAAAAUAUCAUAAAGGACGAUCAAUCAUUCUGUCGUUACAAAUCACCGACGCCCGGCACCUCAUCUCGCAUCAUAUACAGCUGUUCCCACCAAAGUGGGACGGCAAUUCACAGCCCUCUUAAAAAAAGCUGCCUUCUAGAGUUGCGAGAAACUCUCCUCUUAAAAAAAUAUAAAAUCGCAAGGAACCCGUCGCAACACACCCACCACAUACUGACGUCCGUUCCUCUAAGAACCGAAUUUUCUAAAGAGUACAAGGGCCGGUCUGAGACGGGAAAAUACAAAUUAUUUUGCUAUCUCGGGACAUCCUCUCCCCUCCUAAUUGGCUUUCGUUCUUUAUGCUACCUUUAUGGUUCUAACUUCUAACCACUCCUUUUUGGUACACCAAACCUUCCUGGCGAACCAUCAGCCAUUUCUUCCCAUCUCCUUUUCUUUUGGUACCCUUGGAGCAGAUUACAUUCAAACGGUCCACCUAACCUUGCUCUCUACUCCCUAUAUUUCGUCCGGCCUGGUUUCAUCCCUUCAUCCCUGCCACCCUGCCCGAUGGAUCCUGACACCGAAAUCCAAUUCGAAUUCUUACCCCUUAUUCGCCAGUACAAGAGCGGCCGCAUCGAGCGUUUCUACCUCCCUCGCAAAGCCCCCGCUGCGAUCGACCCCGAAACCGGCGUAACCUCCAAAGACGUCGUCAUCGACCAGGAAACCGGCGUCUCCGUCCGCCUCUUCCUCCCCAAGCUCGGCGACACCGCUCCGAAGAAGCUCCCGAUCUACGUCUACUUCCACGGUGGAGGCUUUGUCAUCGGAUCCGCCUUCGAUCACCUCACCCACGACUACCUCACUCCCCUGGUGGCCAGAGCCAACGUCAUCGCGGUCUCGGUGGACUACCGCCUGGCCCCCGAGCACCCGCUGCCUAUAGCCUACGAGGACUCCUGGGCGGCGCUCAAGUGGGUGGCGUCCCACGCUGCGGGCGGCGGCACUGAGGCGUGGCUGGCCGAGCAAGGAGAUUUUGGACGCAUUUUCUUGGACGGCUGCAGCGCGGGGGGAAACAUAGCCCAUCACAUGGCGCUGCGCGCUGGCACAGCGGAGCUCGGACCUGGGGUGAGGAUACGAGGGAUGGUAUUGAUCCAUCCCUAUUUCGCGGGAAGAGACCCGUUUCCUUCGGAGUUGGCGGACAUGGGGUUGAAGGAGAAGAUGGAUGGGUUGUGGGUGUUGGCUUGUCCCGGGACGGUUGGGAUGGACGACCCGCUGGUGAACCCACUGGCGGAGGCGGCGCCGAGCUUGAAGGGCUUGGGGUGCGAGAAGGUGCUGGUGUGUGUGGCGGAGAAGGAUGUCUUGAGGGAGAGGGGGAGGGCGUAUUACGAAGGGUUGAAGAGGAGUGGAUGGGGAGGGGUGGUGGAGUGGCUGGAGUCGGAAGGGGUGGGGCACGCGUUCCAUGUUCAGAACGACUGCGAGCAAGCUUUGGAGCUGAUGGAACGUACGGUGAAAUUCAUCAGUGGCAACUGAAGGCUUUCUGGCUGCUGGAAAAAGGGCCGGUGAUGGGAAUGGAGAAAGGGAUGAUAAUUAAAUUGAUGGGAAUUGGUAGAUGGUUAAAUAUCUUCCAGCAUCCAAAGGAAAGCUCUUAAUUUCUAUGCUGCUUCUGGUAAUGGUGAAAUGAUUCCCAUAACAGAGAGCGCCCAUUGUUAGAUGGGAAAAUAAGAAUGAAUGGAAAAUGUUGUCGAUCUCUUCUCUUCUCUUCGGGUCAGUUAGUUGAACUCAGUUUCCUAUUUUUAUGUUUGCCGGCAGGCUGUGUUCUGUAUUUUGUCUUCUUGUUUCUAAUUGCUCUUCUGGUAGUCUGGUUCCGUUGGUGGUUGAAUAAAAAAAUGUGAAUGAACUUUUAUACUAAUGACAUUUUUAUUUUAUAAAAAAAAAUCAUUCUA